AUGAGGGAAAUCGUUGACCUACAGUUGGACCAUAUCUCCGUGUACUACAAUGAAGCCACAGGUGGCAAAUAUGUUCCUCAUGCUAUUUUAGUGGAUCUAGAACCUGGGACCACGGACUCUGUUUGCUCUGGUCCUUUUGGGCAAAUCUUCAGACCAGACAAUUUUGUUUUUGGUCAGUUUGGGGCAGGCAACAACUGGGCAAAGUGUCACUAUACAGAGGGGGCUGGGCUGGUUGAUUAUGUCCUGGAUGUGGUAUGGAGCUGUGAUUGCCUGCAGGGCUUCCAGCUGACCCUCUCGCUGGGUGGGGACACAGGUUCUGGAAUGGCCACCCUCCUCAUCAGCAAGAUCCAAGAAGAGUAUCCUGACUGCAUCAUGAACACUUUCAGUGUGGUGCCCUCACCCAAAGUGUCAGACACUAUGGUUGAGCCCUACAACGUCACCCUCUCUGUCUAUCGGUUGGUAGAGAACAAUGAUGAGACCUACCGCAUUGGCCAUGAGGCCCUCUAUGAUAUCUGCUUCUGCACCCUCCAUCUGACCACACCAACCUAUGGGGAUCUAAAUCACCUCGUCUCAGCCAUCAUGAGCGGUGUCACCACCUGCCUGCGCUUCCCUGGCCAGCUCAAUGCUGACCUCUGCACGCUGGCAGUCAACAUGGUGCCCUUCCCACGUCUCCACUUCUUCACGCCUGGCUUUGUCCCUCUCACCAGUCGUGGAAGCCAGCAGUAUCGGGCUCUCACAGUCCCUGAAAUCACCCAGCAGGUCUUUGAUGCCAAGAACAUGAUGGCUGCCUGUGACCCCCGCCAUGGCUGGUACUUCACCGUGGCUGCUGUGUUCCAUGGACGGAUGUCCAUGAAGGAAAUGGAUGAGCAGAUGCUCAAUGUGCAGAACAAGAAUAGUAGCUACUUUGUGGAGUGGAUCCCCAACAAUCUCAAGACAGCUGUCUGCAAUAUCCUGCCUUGUGGCCUCAAGACGGCAGUCACCUUCAUUGGUAACAGCACAGUCAUCCAGGAGCUCUUCAAGCGUAUCUCUGAGCAGCUCAUGGCAAUGUUCUGCCGGAAGGCCUUCCUCCACUGGCACACAGGUGAGGGCAUGGAUGAGAUGGAGUUCACCGAGGCUGAGAGCAACAUGAAUGACCUUGUCUCUGAGUAUCAGUAGUACCAGGAUGCCACCGCAGAAGAAGAGGAGGAUUUCGGUG